AUGUCCUUCAUUCUCUCCGAUGUUGGCGUUCUCGAUGCCGAAAGCAUUGCACGGCAUGUUGACGUACCAUCCAUGCAAAAUGGUCCACUGUACCAGACGAUGUUUCCUCAAUCCAACGAGAUAACAGAACAGCAAAGGGAUGAAAUAGUCCGCUGGUAUGCCGAGACGUUGGAGGAGGCCUUACAAGACCGAUGGGAAAGCUUUUUGAAGGCAUGCUCCAUUGAUGGCAAUCCCGUCGGGUUCUGUGGUUGGACCAUAAUAGAAAGGAAACCUAGUCAUCAAUUUGAAGCGAAUGAUGGUCAAGUGAAUGAACCACUGAAAGAAAAAAGACGCAAGAAGAUAUCAUGGGUCCCAGAGACAAUUGAUAUAGAUGGCUGGAUCACACUAUCAAAAGCCUUGAGGACAGAGCGUGAUCGGGUCUUGAAUGAUCUCGAUAGUAUAUGCCGUCUCACAUUCAUGGCGGUCAAUCCGAGCUAUCAACGGCGAGGGAUUGGUUCGAUGAUGAUGCAGCGGAUUUGCGAAGAGACGGAUCGACAUGGACGAUACGCAUUUGUACUCGCGGCACCGGAGGGGGUUCGGCUGUAUAACAAGUAUGGGUUCGAGAUUGUCGGUCGUGUUCAGACACCCAAAGGCACAAUCACAAGCAUGCUCCGACCACCUCGCAUAAAUACAGUCUAA